UGUGACCGUCAGUUAGUUCUUAUUUAUUUAGUUAGUUUGGUUUACGUGCGCAAAUUGUUCGUAAGUUCCGCUCAUGUUUUUAAAACCCUACAGAUUAAAGAGCAGUGCCGCUCUCAAAGGCUCCGAAUCCAAGAAGCUGCGAGCUCGACUCGAAUUAGCCUUCCCACAUGUGCCGGGCGACAAUCUGCUGCCGGCAAAGGCGAAUGUGACGCAGCUGAAAAUUCUCACACAUGGCGGCCAGCCGAGCAUGGUCUACUGCGUGGACAAGCAGCCGAUGUUCUUUGAGCUGGAUGGCGGGCAGCUGGUGCCCACGCUCUACACACUGUGGGCAACGCCCGACAUACUGCCUUAUUUCACCACACACGAGGGCGUGCUGCCGAAGCUGUCGAAUGGGGCGGAUUUGAUGCUGCCCGGCGUGGUGCCGCUUGGCGUUGGCCACCAAAUGUAUGGACACUUCAAGAAGGAUCAGUUGAUUGCUGUUAACUUGACAAAUAAUAGUUCGGCUGUGGGCGUGGGCCAGCUGGCGCGCUCCAGCGAUGAUCUCUACAUGUGCGGUGGUCAUGGCGUGGCUGUUAAAAUGCUGCACAUGUUCGGCGAUAAGCUGUGGGCCCAUGAGCCCAGCAUGUUGCAACAAAUUCCUCUGGUUAAGAUGAAGCCCCUGACGGGUGACGACUUUCCCGCCUUGGGUAGUCCAGAUCAUCAGCGCAAAGUGAUAAAGGCUCCACAACCCGAGCAGGCAUCUUCACCCGAACCGAUAUCACAAGCUGCAGAAUCAGCUGAAUUGGAGUCCAGCACAGCGGCCUUAACGCUGGACGAGACUAGUGAAACUUCAGCAGUUCCUGAAGCACCAUCACCAGAUGAGGCCACACCGGAAGCGUUGCUCAAAAAGGCAUUUUUGGCUGCGCUUAAGCACAAUGGCAAGAAGCUGCCGCUGCCGCUAUUAACGAGCAACUUCUUUAGGCUUUACGUGGUGCCCGAGGCAGCUGAACCGAUUGACUUGAAGAAGACGCGCUACAAGAAGCUGUCCAAUUUUCUGGCAGAGAUGGUCGAUCAGGGCUUCAUAGUGGUGCGGGAGGAGACGAAGGGCGUGGAUAAGAUCAUCUCCGUCGAUCUGGAGCAUCCAGAACUGGUGAACUUUAUAACGGAUGUGAAGACGGGCGAUAGCAGCGGAGCAACGACCGAGAAGCUACUGUUCCACUCAGAGCUCAAGGAGAUGUACAUCGUGUCCGACGUCACCGCCGCAUUCUUCACAAAGUUGAACUACAAACGAGGCGAGGGCAUUCCCGUGGGUCAGGUCAAGAAGAUAGUGCGCGAAUAUGUGAGCAAGCAUAACCUAAUCGAUCCGCAGACGAAGCUGGUGCGUCCCGAUGCGGUGCUCCAGGAGCUGUGUGGCGAUCGAGAGGGUACACUGAGCGAACUGACCUCCAUUAUCACAAGUAAAAUGGAGCAUUCCUAUCAAAUGUGCAGCGGCAAGGACACCAGUGGCAAGCCCCAAAUACAAAUGUCCCUGGCCACCAGGUCAGGCAACAAGAAAGUAACCCUGGUGAGCAACAUCGAGGCCUACGGCAUCAUCAUGACCGAGCUGAUAAAGCUGUGCAAACAAGGCGCUGCCGCCAGCACCAGCAUCGUCAAGCUUCCUCACCAGAAGCACGAGCAGCUGCAGGUGCAGGGCAAUCAGAUCCGCUUCAUAUACACGCUGCUCACGGAGACCUAUAAGGUGCCGCCCAAGUGCAUAUUGGGCCUGGAGCUAGCCAAGGAUGGCAAGAAGAAACGUAAGUGAUCGAAUCAGCGGAGGAAGUGAAUGUAAUAAAACCCAAAGAUCUGACCUUUGGCUUCUGUUAUAAUAAA